AUGAAGUUCUCUGCCCUUCUCGCUCUCGCUCCUCUUGUGGCUGCUAUCCCCGGCUCCAAGCAGCCCAAGCAAAACAAGCAGGCCGGUGACUCCAACGCUGCCUUCAGCGUCAUCUCUGCUCGCUCUGCUUCUCCCGUCCACCUGCUGCCUCUCAAUGCCGGUGGAACCUACUUCUGGCUCGGUGGUAACGCCCACACCUAUUCUCCCAUUCCCGGAAUUCCCGACACCAACCAGACUGUGAUUGCCAAUAGCCACUUCUUGGACGUCGAGGUCCCCGGUGGCCAGGCUAUCUACGUGGAUAACAAGGGUGCUCUGCGUUUCACCUCUCCCCACUCCGGCUACGAGCCCGCUGGCUCUUCUGAUGGUCCCUUCGUCUACACUCCCGGUAGCUCUUUUGGCCACUGGAGCUAUAAUGGCCAGGGUUCAUCUGGCUUCAUGGCUUGCCCGACUACCAACGGUACCGCUGGCUACCGCCGUUCUCGUCGGGGCGCUGCUGCCGCCCCUAAGUGGCAGGUCUAUGCUGCUCUGCAGAACGCUACUGUUCCCUCUGGCAACGUCAAUGAUUGCCUCGGCUUUGAUGCCCUGGCUGUUGCUGUCAACACUACCACCCCUGUUGCUUGGGAGUACCUGUAA